GUGCUGCUCGACACUGCUCAGGGCUCCCCACUGCUGCCCUUUGGAGUUUUGGGCAAGAAGCUGCAAAGAGCAUCCCUUUCCCUGACCUGACAGCAAGGAGCAAGCGUGAUGGAGGGCUGCUGCACUGUCCCCAUCAGCUCGGAGCUAAGAAGCUUGUUUCCCACCCUCCUGCACCUCUCCACCGUAGAGGUUGUGGACAUCUGGGACGCUGUGUCUGCGUACAUCCUGGAACAGCUGAAGCUGGACAAGGGGGUCCAGGUCGCAGGACUCGGCACUUUUGCUGUGCUCCGUGAGGAAUUCUACAUGAAAGGAGACGUGCAUGUUGUUCGACGACCAGUCUUCCAGGUGGACAUGGAUCGCUUCAGCCUGGGCCCCACAGUGCUUAUCCCUGGCGAUGUCAAGAUCAAGCUGCUGGACUACCGGUGGCUCUCGCGAGCCACCUCCUUCCCGAUGAGCAUCUUGGAGGGCUGUGUGCAAGAGACCAUCCUCCUGUACUAUUUCCAGCUGAGGAACAGGCAGCACAUUGACUUCAGCUUCCGGGACAUCGGCAUUCUGUGCUGCGAAGGCGAUGGCCUGUGCAUGAGGUUUUAUGCCGACUGCGUCUCCAGGCUGGAGAACAAGGCCAGGCAUAUCGCGCUGCUGCACACUAGCCUGUGGAUGCCAGGAGCCGCUGUCUCCAAUGGAGCAACCACCACUCGGGGGAUGCGGGCUGCUCCGGACCGUGUGUUCCCGAGGUUCCAGAUCAUUGUUACCAGCAGAUCGGGGGCCACGGCUCCUAAGAAGCUGCUGAAGAAGCGUGAGAGGUUCUGCCUCCCUGUGCUGCCCAGCCAGCGUCCAGGCAUGAGGGAGCAAGAGAUGGGGAAGAAGACUUCUGCCAUUGUGCUCCCCCCGUGCCCAGGCAGCUCCCCCAGGACGAAGGAGCUGGGCAAGCAGGAGGCAGCUCCUCUGGGCAAGCCCAGCACUGCCCUCCCGGCCGCACAAUGCUGCAAGAAAGCGCUGCAGGAGGUCUGGCAGCUGUCUGCGCAGCACGAGCAAGUGAAGGGCCCGUGGAAGGAGUGGCGACAGCGAGAAGAGGCGGAAGGAGUGGCAUGGGAAGCCUGGUCUGCAGGGAAAGUGGAAGAGCCGCCCCAGGUACGGGCAGCCAUUGCCAGCGCUGAGAGAAGCAGAGCCCCUCUCUGCCCAGCAGCCAGGGCAGCGGGGCUGCAGCACCUGGGGGCACUGCUGACACCCAGCUGCAGGGCAGGGCUUUGCCUGCUCAUCUGCGUGGGGUAGAGACUGGCAGCAGGAUCCAAGGGGCAAAAGCCGCCAUCAGCUUUGAGGAGCAAACGGCGUUGAGGCUCCCAGCUCCCGCUGCAGGCUGCUUUCAAGACAGUCUCUGGGGACCAGCACCUCUGUUCCGCAUCUGGUUUGCUGAGAGAGUCUCCUUCUUGCCAGGCACUCGGCACUGGAGGCACUUGGACUCCCCACCCUCCAGCCCAGCCCAGGGGAAUGGAGGAAACCAAGUUCCAUAGGAAGAUUAAAGUUCGUCUCCCAGCAGAGGCGAUAGUGGCAGCCCCCAGGCUGGGGAAACUCCAACCUGGCCUUUCCCCACGAGCCGUCCAGGUCCUGGAAAGGCUGGAGCCAUAUCACGAACAACGCGGCAUAUACGAGAGUUUGGUUGCGAUCAACAGAUGGAAGCUGGAGCAGCAGAGUCAGCUCCCCGGGUAACUCUCUCCAUGAAGGGAUGGUGCUUCCGGCGGCUGCAGGGCCCAACCCUCCACUGAGGGAGCCCUGGAAGAAAGAAGGCAUUUCUCGCUUGGCUCUUGUGAGACAGAAGCAGGUUCUGCGUUUUUGGGGCAACGUAAGGAGUUUCUUCAACGGCAAUAAAGCUCAGCCCCUUGCAGCAAGAGUGGGGAGACCUCUAAGAUCCUGAGCUUGCCGGGCAACAGCCUGAACUUGUUCAGUCUAUGUUGUUCUAUUUGUUCAAAGUGUUUCUUUAAAUACUUUCUUAAAUUUGUUGUUGUUGUUGUUAAUAUCCUGUAAUGGCUGA